CUCCAAGCUACGUACGCACAUAUGAGUCAAUGUUUCCUGCUGCUGAUUAAAAAUUGAUAUAUUUCUCGUCCUUGCAGUUUUUCAUCGUAUCGCAGUUUCCUUUAGUUGAUAAGUGACUACAAUGGAGUCAUCCGCCUCCUCACCUGGCGUCGUCAUUCCUCGCGACAAGUUAAAGAUCUUUGAAAUCUUUCGUGACGUUGGACCCGAAGGAGAGGAGAUUUUAAAGACAGCGAAAUUGGCACACGUUGUCGACACGAAACACGGAGUCGUCGUCACCACGACGGAUGAAACGUACACCUUCGUCCGUGAGCGAGGGUGCAAAAUUACCCGAAUUCCGAACCUUUGUGGCGUCCGGGUGAAAGAAUUUGUCGUUAACAUUGAUGGCUUGGGUUUCGUCAUAACGGAGGAAGGAUCCUUGUAUUGCCUCCCGCUUUGGGAUAUGCCACCCACCGUUAUUCCCCACCUUGUGGCGGGAAGUUUGGCGGGAAAGAAGGUGCAACAAGUGGUCCUUAGACGGAAGCAUGUCUUGACCUUAACGCAGAGCGGAAAUGUGUAUCACAACAUUUCCGAGCCAAGGUUGAUUGGGGAGGACAACUUUGAUUCCCAGGAAGUCAUCUCGAUCGCCUGCACGGCAGACGGCUUGUACGUCGGUCUUACAUCAAAUAGAGAGUUAUUCGAAUGGGGUCUGUACGAGUUGCCGGAAAAAGUGAUCGUGGAUACGGCACCGUUAAGAAAGAUAGUUGGAAUCAACCACAUGAUUUUUGCCCUCACUGUGGAAGGAACCCUGUACUCGGGCAGAUUUCGAUAUCCAAAGCCUGUUUGGACGGUGGUCAUGAAGGAUCUAAAAUUCCACGAUGUCACAACCUCUGGAUCGGACGACGUCCUCGUGGCCGAGUUGAAGAAGGACAAUAUCCGCUUAGCGGUAUCCUACCGUGGAGGAAUUUUGGAGCCUCAGGUUCUCUCAAUUUCGCCGAAUGUUACCACCUCGCUGGACGAACUCUUUGCGGAAAUUGGGCAGUCAACCUGGCGAACUAUUUCGGCGAAAAGUCCCCUUAAACCAGUCACACUGGGGGACGACAUUGGCGCCUUGUGGGUGAGCAAGGAAAAUUUGGACGUGGUAUUUUCCGUAGAAGGGAAAACCAUCUCGGCCCACAAAUGCAUUCUUGCCUGUCGAAGUGAAUAUUUCGCAAAAAUGUUUAACCACGAGUGGAAGGAGGCUCAAGGGUACGUGAUUGACAUCAAGGAUACGCAGUAUGAAAUAUUUGAAUCCCUUCUCUUCUACAUUUACAAUGACAAGGUCAGCUUCGGAGAGGACGAAUAUGAGAACAUUUUUGGCCUCAUGAUGUUAGCGGACUCGUAUUGCGACCUCAAAAUCCGUCAGGGCUGUGAGGAAAUUUUGAUUCGAAAUAUCAACGAGGAAAAUGCCUUCUUCCUCGUUCGCCACGCUGGCUUGGCUAAUGCUUCGGAUUUGGAGAGGAAUGUCGUCAAGUUUAUUUUGAACAAGCGUCUCCUCGAAUUCAGUUCGUCGAGUUUUGACGAGCUAAUAGAAUUAUUCGGAGUGGGCGUAACCAGCAAAAUUUUGAAGGCCGAACUUGAUCGAGGGUAAAUGUUUCGAGUUUGCAAAAUUUUUAAAAUGGGGACGGGAUUAAAGAUUUAAUUAAAGAUUUUGUUUGCGAUUUUAUAUAAGCGUAUGUAAACUCGAUAAAAAAGCCUUUUCCUAGAUUCUGAAAGAUAAUAUUGAAUUCACAUUUUUGUACUACAUAAUUAUUCAUUUUUUGAGUUAAUUUCUUGGAUAGUUUUAUAAUUUCUGAACUGAAUGUUACAAUUUACUGUUUUUAGUAUUUACUUCUGAUUAAUUAUGUAAAUACGUUGGCAAUUAUAAAAUAAAUUCUGCUCUACGAAAAGGGA